GAGUAUAAUUUGGAGUAAAACAGUUCAAACUUGUUUAACUUUUUGUAUAGAUAACCAACAUGAUGCAAAAACUAACAAUUUAUAUCUGACAAACAUCCAUUUAGACAACUAAUGCAUGAACACAUUUAUUAAUAAAACAGAUUAAACUACGAAAUCGAUGAAUGUAUUUAACAUUAAUUACAGUUUAAUCUGUUGUUGCAACUGCUGUGCAACUUUUAUUUUUUAUUCAAGCAAAACAGUUGAGCAAACAAGCAUAUUUGUUUUUCGCCAUGGCAUUAUGAACAGAUUAAAUAAAUCCACUUAUAUCUACAACAAUAACACGAGGCAGCUCAUUUAACAGUUAACACCCCUGAGUCGCUGCAGGAGAAACAGUUUCAUCCAUAAACCGAGGAGCUCGUCUUUGUGAAUAGUCUCUCAGCAUCCUGACAGGUAGCCAAUGGGAACGCCUUGGCGCACGAGCCCGCCGCCUCCCCGGCACCGUGUCCCGCGCGCCCAUUGGACAGAAUGAUGGAACUCGGGGAACUCUCACACGAGCCGCUCGCGUGCAGGCUCAGGGACUCUAUAAAUAAACCCCAGGCGCUGGAAACAGGAGCGGACUGGGUGUCAGUUUGGCGAGCAGACAGAAGUCACUUGUGACAUUUGUCAUCAGUAAACUGCUCUGUGGUGUAAGAGGGACUCGCUCCACGGGACGGACCUUGUGUUGCUGCGCAUCUUUCUGGUAUUGAUCAAUAGUUUGGACGAGUUUCAUUUGUAAGCCUGAAGAUGCCAGCGGGUACUUUAGAGAGAGUCUCUCCCGCCGCCGCGGCUACCACGCCGGCAAGUGGAGACUCCACACCCGAAAAACCCCGGAGUCUCACAGAGAGCAGAAAGUCCUCCAAACCAAUCAUGGAAAAGCGGAGACGUGCGCGCAUCAAUGAGAGUCUGAGCCAGCUGAAGACUCUCAUCCUGGACGCACUCAAGAAAGAUAGCUCCAGACACUCCAAACUGGAGAAGGCGGAUAUCCUUGAGAUGACUGUGAAGCACCUCCGGAACUUGCAGCGACUUCAGAUGACGACUGCUGUGAACACAGACCCAUCCGUUCUGGGUAAAUACAGAGCCGGGUUCAGCGAGUGUGUAGGAGAAGUCACCCGUUUCCUCUCCACAAGUGAAGGGGUGAACACAGAGGUGAGGACUCAUCUCCUCAGCCACCUGGCCUCCUGCGUGACCCAGAUCAACGCUGUGAACUUCUACACACCUCACCCAGUUGCACUGGGACUCGGACAGACAAGUCCACAGAUUACAGCGGCCUCCGCUCCUCAGAUGCCUUCCAAAAGCGUCUCAUCGAUGCACGCGUCCCCUGAAGCGAUCAAGCUGUACGGGGGCUUCCAGGUGCUGCCAACACGAGAUGGACAGUUCGCUUUCCUUGUUUCCAGCGUGGCUCUUAUGCCUCUUGGAGCACAAAACAGCCAUCACAUGUCACCUGUUGCACCUCAGGGCGCUUUAGACUCUGUGUGGAGACCAUGGUAGGAAUUCAGCUCAACUGAUUUUUUUUUGGAGGAAAAGGACUAUCAACACGAAAACAUAUUUUUGUACAUUUUGUAAAUGUUUUCAAAACCUACUUCAAAAGGAUGUUUACACAUAUGUUUGUGUUUUUGUAUGGACAUUAGGAGAUAUUCCUGGUCUCUUGCUCGCUGAGACUUUCCCUGUUUUUGAUACGACACAUUUGCCCAGCAGGUCAGGAAAAUCCUUGAAAAGCACUGUAUUUUUUUAGAUAAAUAAAAUAUUUCUAUGAUGCAAUACUU